UAAUGGAGACGAUAUAAAUACUUCUUAGAUCCUUUAAAAGUUAAAACUGAUCAAUAUUGCCGUUCUUCUCAAAAACCUAGCAUAGUCUUUAUCUUCUUUCUAAGAUGGACGGAUCCGGGAACGAAUGUCUGCCGAAUACAGCCGAAUCACAUCAACGCAAGGAGAAUUUCGUCAGACACAUGAAAGAAUGGAUGGAUAUCUGUGCGAGGACGACUAUGAUCAGGGUUGAGGGAUUCAACACUUCCUCUGAUCGCCUUGUGCUCUACAGGGCCUUGAAAGACCUCUUCGAAACGUGUGGAGAAGUGGAGAACAUUGAGAUCAGGGUAGAUCCGGAGUCAAAACUCAUCAGGUCUUGCCUUGUUAUCCUUCUCGGAGAAGGUGCCAAAGAGAAAGCUUUACUUCUCAACGGUAGCGAAGUUGAAGGAAGGAAGCUGACUCUCUCAGCAGUUGAGCCCACUGAUGGGUUGACUACAUCAGCUCGAGCUGCUAAGUACGUGGAAGACUUCCAAAAGAACAGGAGCGAAUCCAUAUCAGUAACUGGAUAUGACCCUUCUCUUCCUCAAGAAGAUCUCAAGAGUGCUUUGUGUAAGCACUUCGCUGCGUGUGGUGAAAUCACGGACAUCUUCGUCCAAGACAGCUGUGCCCUUGUCCACCUGUAUGGGCUAGGCUCCCUGCAGCGAGCCGUCCGAUUGAAUGGAACCGACAUCGGAGGAGGCUUCACGCUGACCGUCGAAGCCAUGCCCUAUCAAGUUGGCCGUGGUUUACAUUGUUGAUGCAAUAAGACUACUAGAAACCUUGUGGAGAAAGAGUGUUUUCUUGUGUUCUCAAGUCUAUAAGCCUGUGAUACCGCAUCGUUUUAUUAUUUCAGUUUCUUUAAAAUUUGCUAAAGCUUAAAACACUUUCUUUCCUUUGUGGUAUUGAUGAAUACUUUUUCAUGAUGACUGUUCACCGCUACUGUUGGUUCUUUGUGAUUAUAACCCUUUGUCAU